AGAUCCGGAAAAGACCUGGUGAAGACCUAUGCUGUUAAUCGCAGCAAGAGUGUUUACGGUACAGUGUUGGUUUGGCUAUAUAGCACGGCUUGCUUCCUCGAAGGAAUCGUAUGAGGAAUCCUGUAGAUGCUGAAUUUCACCCGUGCUAAUAUGCCAUAUAACGUUUGGCGUAGUUGUAAAUCAUUUUGRAAGGACAAGAACUGAAGAAAAGAGACCAAUUUACCAACUGAUGUUACACCAUUUGCAAGAGAUGAAUAGCAAAGAUAGCUGGACAGAGGAAGAGAAAAAAUACCACGUUCUUGCCGAGCAGAAAAGAAGACAUGGUGAGAGGCUUGCCAAGGAGGAAUGUGAAGCAAAGAUGAUACAAGACAAAAGCCUUUUUAAUGGCAUUAAAACAAAACAGGUCUUUGAACUGACAAAAGAAAAAACCAAGAAGCAAGAGGAAUCUCGAUUAGACAAGGAAACUAAGUAUCAUGCUGUUGGCAGAGAAAAUCGACUGAAAUUUCUGGAUGAACAAGAAAGGCGACUUGCAAGUAUAUACAAGAAAGAAGAAGAAAAGAAAGCUAUUUUAGCAGAGGAAGUAAAACAGCAAGAAGCGGUUGCACAGAAUGAGUUUGCAAAACUCCAGGAGCUUGAAAACCAAAAGCUCGACGAGGGAGAAAAAUCUAAGAUAGACAAAGAAGGACGAGCACUUUUAUUUCACGUUGAAGGUCAAAAGGAAGAAGAAAAAAAUGCUCUCUUGGAAAGCGAAAGAAGGGUGCAGGAACAAAAACAUCAAACUCAAGAAAAGGAGAAAAAAGAAAAGAUUGAAAUGGAAAAAGCAGCAGAAGAGAUUGAAAACCGAAUGAAGACAGCUUUGUUGGUGAAAGAACAUGAACAAGAAUUUGCCAAGAUGAUAGACGAGACACACCAAGCAAAAACCAGAGAUGAGGCUCAAAAAUGUAAGCGUUGGGAAGAAGAAAAAGUAAACGAAGACCUCGAAAUGGAAGAAAGAAUCAAGGCAAGAACUGCUCUGCAAAAACAAAAACUACUUGAAUACGAAAGAGCUCGAGAAGAGGCCGAAGACGACGCCAAAGCUAUUGAAACUAAUGUCUUAAAAAUGUCGAAAGAAUACAAAGAAAAAAGAGUAGGACAAAUAGAUAUAGAUAGUUUCCACGAAAAGGAAAAGAGAAAAAAGGAAGAAGGAGCGAAGAAAAGAGAAAAGGUUGAAGAGCAACGAGAAAAGAUUGACAGCAAGAAACUCGAAAUGGAAAAAGUAGCUCUCGCGAUGGAGAAGGAGAAGAGAAGAGAAGUAGUAUUGAAGCAAGAAGAAGAACUAAUUCGUCUUGAAGAAGAGUUGAAAAAGGGAGAUGACGAAAGAACGCGUAGAGAGCUAGAAAAGAUGGAAGAAAUUCAAAAACAAAUUGAUGAAGAAGAAAAGCAAGUGUCAAAUAUUUUAGAACGACAAAAAAUACGUAACCAGGAACAAGAUUCCAAAAAAGAAGCUAUUGCAAAGGAAACAGAAAGCUUUGUUGCARUACAGGCAAAUAAACGGAAGAAUCUUGAGGAGUCUAAGAGGGAGGUGGAAAAAAUUGUUAGUUUACACGAUGAAUACUUAAAAAAAGAAGAGAAUGCUAAACGAAUAAAGGAACAGGAACGACUGGAAAAGGAAAAACAAAGGAUGAAAUCUGAAAACGAAAAAGUAGAAGUAGAAAUUUCCAAACUUCUUGAAAUGCAAAAAAAGAAGAAAAUGGAUGAAGAAAGACUAAAACAAGAAAAUGAAACUUCUUUGCACGAAAAACAAGCGCAGAGGGAAAAUAAAGACAGAAAAACGCAAGUCGAAGUAACAACCUUCAGUGAUGAAAGAGAACGAGAUGAAGAGAGACUCAGACUUGAGGCGUCAAGAAGAAGAGAGUUGCAAAUAAAACUGCAGCAAGAAGAGAUACUUAAACAGCAAGACGCUGAAAUGGAACUGCUGAUGAAAUCAAGAAAGUUAAAGGAAAGUAGUGUUGUUGGUGACGAACAGCCAAAACCCAAGGCAAAGAGUGAAAGAAAAGGCAUCUUUGGUGGUCUUUUUCAGAAACGAAGUCCCAAGGAGUGACAAACAAACAAACAGGCAAAUGACUGAAAACACACUACUAUUUUUUUUAUUUAACGGUUAAAAUGCCUUUACUCUAUUCUCGACUUUCACAUCCCCAUAAUCCUUUGCGUCUUUUGGGGGUAACCAGAGGGUAAAAACCCACUUAUUUUGCUGAAGGCUGA